AUGAGUUCCAGCAUCUCUUUCCUUAUCUGCCUGUUGCUGGUGUCGCAUGGUUCGCCUGCAGUCAUUACUGGGGCAUGUGAGAAGGACUCACAGUGUGGAGGAGGCAUGUGUUGUGCCGUCAGCCUGUGGAUCCGUAGCCUGCGAAUGUGUAUUCCGAUGGGUCAGGAGGGAGAAGAGUGUCAUCCAAUGAGCCACAAGGUGCCAUUCUUUGGCAAGAGACUCCAUCAUACAUGCCCCUGUCUGCCCAACCUAGCUUGCUUCACCACAUCUGGUGGCAAAUCCAAAUGUCUCCCACCAUUUCCAUUCCAGGAUCAUUACCUCUGAUUAAGAUUUAUGGCCGUAUAAUGUGCUAAUCCAUGUAAAAAGUGUAUAGUUGUAGAAGUGUAAUUUUCUGGAUUGAUUUCAGAUGAACUGAAUUUAUUGAAUUUAUUUAAUCUUUAUGGAAAAUGAUAAACUAGUCUUAAAAUGCAAAAGCCGAAG